CUCAAUUCGACCGCAUCGCACGUACAUUCAGAAGGAGUCGCGAAAUAAGAAAAAAAAAAAUAAUAAAAAGUUAAUUUAUUUUUGUUCUAUGUGUUGUAAAGAUUAAUUUUCUCAUCGGAGCGAGCAAACGCAGUUGGGAACAAAGAAGUUUAUAUAAAAAUAAAAAUUGUGUUUGUCUGUUUUGGAGAAAAUCUUUUGAAAUAAAUCAAAAUCAUUCCUUAAACUUUGGAAAUUUCUAAUAAUUGUGUGAAUAACAUGACAUUGAGGUGAUGACUAGUGAUGUACAGCACACAUUGUACAGUCUAAAUGCAAUGGGUUGAUUCACCAGAAAUCGAUAAUAGAAACAUUUUUUGGAGUGAGCCGACUAGUGAAAAUAAUUUUAAAAGUCUAAAUUACCGUAUCUUUAAAUAAUAAUUAUAUCAAAAUGCCAGCAGUAGUAUCAAAGUUCUUAUCGAACGCUGUGGACACGUAUGAGCGUCGAGGAAAAAACGUCGAAGUUAUCUCAAAGACUCUUUUAUCAACAGCCGUUCUUGCUUAUGUGAUAAAAAUAUCAUAUCCACACAUUAAGCGUAGAUUUAAUAAAGGAAAGAAGGCAGCAACAGCAAAUGGCAAUUGUGUGAAUCAUAAUAAUAACAAUAAUAAUAGUAUUGAUAAAUACAGCAAGGAUGAUAAAGCCAGUAAGAUUGCGAUUGAGAAAAUUAAGGAAAAAAAGCUUAAGAUCAUUGAACAAAGGUUGAAGCAACCUGGACUGAACUUAGAAUUUAUAAUGCAACUUAGAAAGCUCGUCGAGAUUAUGAUACCAAAAUUAGUAUGUCACGAAACUGGACUACUUAGUAUUCAUACAUUGUGCCUAAUAUCAAGAACAUUUCUGAGUAUUUAUGUUGCGGCCAUGGAAGGUGCGAUCGUCAAGUAUAUUGUUAGAAAGGAUGUCAAAAAUUUCGCAUGGAUGUUAAUGAAAUGGUUUGGUAUUGCAAUUCCAGCGACAUUCAUCAACUCCAUGAUCCGAUACUUAGAAAACAAAUUGGCUUUAGCCUUCAGAACACGUCUUGUAAAUCAUGCCUACAAACAAUAUUUUACAAAUCAGACAUAUUACAAAGUGUCGAAUUUAGAUGGAAGAAUAGAAAAUGCUGAUCAUCGAUUAACUGAAGACAUUUCUACAUUUGCGAGUUCCGUUGCACAUUUAUAUUCUCAUUUGACAAAGCCAUGCUUUGAUUUGAUGCUUAUUGGUCUAGCGUUAGCUCAAUCGUCUUAUGAAAUGAAAGCUAAUAUUGUCAACGGACCACUUCUUGGGUUCUUUGUAAUCAGCACAACUGCACAUAUAAUGAGAAUUGUUUCACCGAAAUUCGGUCAACUUGUGUCUGAGGAAGCUAAUCGUAAUGGCUAUUUACGACACAUUCAUUCAAGAAUCAUAACAAAUGCAGAAGAAAUUGCGUUCUAUGGUGGACAUAAGGUUGAACAUACACAACUAAGUGAAGCAUAUCGACGUCUGUGCAGACAAAUGAACACUAUUUAUUCACAAAAGCUGUGGUUUGUCAUGCUCGAGCAAUUCUUCAUGAAAUAUGUCUGGUCUGGAACAGGCUUAAUAAUGGUUUCUUUGCCAAUUCUUACAUCAAGUCAAAUUAGCAGCGAUGACAAAACAGGAAGUAAAGUUAGUGAACGUACACAGUACUUUACGACAGCUCGUAAUCUUCUCAUAUCAGGCGCUGAUGCUGUUGAAAGACUAAUGUCUUCUUACAAGGAAAUUGUCGCACUUGCUGGAUAUACAAGCCGUGUUGCUGGAAUGUUUCAAGUUUUUGAUGAUGUCUCGAAAGGAAUUUACCAAAAAACUCUCGUUGCUGAUGAAAGCACUACGCAAGGAAUUAUUGAAUUCAAGAAUGGACAACCAGUAGCUAAAGGACAAGUGUUUUAUGACGAAGAAAACAUGGCAAUCACAUUAAAGAAUGUUCCAGUUGUAACCCCGAAUUGUGACAUUGUUGUACCAAAUUUAACAUUAAGAAUAGAACCAGGAAUGCACUUAUUAAUUACAGGACCUAACGGUUGUGGCAAAAGCAGUUUGUUUAGAAUUUUAAGUGGUCUAUGGCCAAUUUAUGGAGGAGAACUUCACUUACCAAAAAGUUGUGAGGAAAAGCCUUGCAUGUUUUAUAUUCCACAACGCCCAUACAUGUCAAUCGGAAGCCUUCGAGAACAAAUUAUUUACCCUGACUCAAUCGAAGAUAUGAUUGAGAAGAACAUCACUGAGGAAAAGCUAAGGGAAAUUUUAAGAAUGGUGUCUUUAGAGCAUAUAGCCGUUCGUGAUAGCUUCGAUGAAGUUAAAGAUUGGAAGGAUACCUUGAGUGGCGGAGAGAAGCAGAGAAUGGCAAUUGCUCGACUGUUUUAUCACAAACCACACUAUGCUCUUUUGGACGAAUGCACAAGUGCAGUGUCAAUUGAUGUUGAAAGCUCCAUUUAUGAAACAGCCAAAAAUAUGGGAAUCACUCUUUUGACAAUUACGCAUAGACCAACUCUUUGGAAGUUCCAUUGUCACAUAUUAAAAUUUGACGGAAUGGGUAGCUGGAUAUUUGAGCACUUAAAAGAAGAAUAAAUCAGUUUAAUUAAGAUCAUUUUUAAAUGAAACAGAAAAAAAAGUUGUAAAAGUUUUAGUUAAUCUUUUGGGUAAAAUGACUACUACAUCACUGAAACAUUAAGCUGUGAUGUACAUAUGUGAAAUUUAUGUGAUUAAUAAAAAAAUUCUUUAUUUAAAUUAAAAACUGAACAUGGUUCAUAU